AUGGCGUUCAGAACAUUCAAUGGCAUCCCACAUCCUCUCAUCUAUGCCGCGCUCAUACCCGUUCGGGAUGACGUGGGUUUACCGGGGUUCGACCUUCUAAUGCCGCAGAAGGAGUUCACUGUUGGGCGUGGGGAACACAACGAUAUCUGCAUCCGCGGGCCUCAUAUCAGCAAUGAUCACUGCAAACUUGUAUGGGACGCCGAACGGAGGGCGAUGUUUGUGCACUGGCUGCCAACUACGAACGGGACAUGGAUCAGAAAUAGACGAUACGAGUGUCAUCGGCUGAAGAAAAACGAAUCGUUCCACCUAUUGCGCGACAUCAGCUUCGGCCCUGCAAUCUAUAAAUAUGGCAAGGGGGCCGGCCCAAGCGAUUAUCUCUACACGUUCCGCUAUUAUGGCGACCGCGACCUGCAAGAGCAUCUGCAGCCUGAAGAGUUCGCCGUGCGCAGGAAGACUCGUGCGCAGUUCAAGACCGCUUGUUUUGAUAAGACUACGGCUACGCAAAGAUGUGUGAUCCAGUACCGUUCCCACUUAAACCGCGCGCCUAGCGCUCCCUUAGAAACGCGUCAGGCGACCCCUCCCUUUGUCCCACCUCCUGCACUGGGAGAUGAUUUCAAAGUCUCCGGCAACGUCGGCCAUUUCGAACCUCGCGACAGACCAGACGGUCAUGACUGGGCGGAUCCUGACAUCGUCUGGCGCGGGUUUGUGCCUGUCAACCCCGACACAAAGCCGGUCUUUCCCGGGGACGUAGAACUCUGGUCGCAUCAUUACGGUCUACCGGUUGGUCUUCAUCCCGAGUACUCAACUCACAGCGGUGUUCCGUACGACGACACCUUCACCGAGAUUGAUAGACGGCGACAGGAACAAGCCGAGCGUUACCUCACGCGUCUUCGAUCUGCAGAGCACGAGGCCAUCAUAAAAGCGCUCUGCGAAAGGACCGGGCAGACAUACUUCCCUCGGACUCGGACUCCGUCUCCAUCCCCCACGCCAGAAUCAAGCCCGGGGCACGUUCCUCAAACUGGCGAGCCUCUGCCUGCGAUGACAACCUCCACACCUCCUUCACCAUCGAAAACGGUUCCACCUCUUCUUCACUCGCUUAGUCCCGUCCAGUCAGGACCGGCGAGCCCAGAGCCUACAUCUCAGCCAACUGAGUCACUUUCAUCUCAGCAUACGCCCUCGUCGCUUGCGCUUUACGCGAAAGGGAGUAUACCUACAGUCGACUCUUCCCCUCCUGUCAAGCCGCACAAGCGGAAGCGCGGAGAAGGCACUACUGGCGACGAACUACCGCCCAUGAAACGGCGCUAUCCUCGUUCGCUGCGGAGUGGUUCCCUUUCAACACCCGUAUACAACUCAGAGGAUGCGGAACCCGUUGACGCGGCGCACACUCCCGCACCGCGCCGGUCUACGCGGCUUGCAGACAAGCCCGCUACCCAGUACAAGUACUGA